AUGGCGAAGCUGUGGCAAGGUUCGGGAGGCGGCCUCCAUCCACUGGUCGAGGCCUACACUGUGGGCGAAGACUACCGGUUCGAUGGUGAGUAUCUCUUGCCUUACGAUCUCAAGGCCAGCGAAGCCCACGCCACCAUGCUGCAAAAGAUUGGUGUGCUCAAUGCCAAGGAGUUAGAGACCUUGCAGAAAGCCUUGAAGGAGAUUGGCGACCUCUGGAAAAAAGGUGAGUUCAAGGUGACCCGCAGCCAGGAAGAUGGUCACACUGCCAUCGAGCAGUACAUCACUGAGCAUGUUGACUACAAGAUUAGAUUCCAGCUCCCUAUCCAUUGGCUCAAAGCUCUGCCGUUGACUUCGGCACAAGCUCAGAAUCGGGAGGGCGAAUCUGGCUUCUUCUUGCGCAACCUCCCUGCGAAGUGUGAUGCGGAAAUCCUGCGCAACUUUCUCCAUUCACAUGGUCUGACCCACUUCCAGAUGGAGAUGCCGCUUUUUCCGAAUGGCAAGUCGCGAGGUUUCGCUGUCAUCCACACAUGCAACAGGUUCGCAGUGCAGAUGAUGAUCGACAACAUCCACGGCCAAUUCGUGCCGGGCUUUCGCAAAGCAACUGCGCUCCGCCUCGAGCCGCUCAGGAGCAGAGGAGUCACAUGUUUUCAGAGGCAGAACUUCGUGCCUGCAGAACCUCAGCAGCCGCUGUGCGGGGCUUGUUCUUGCGAGUUUCACGGCCACGACAUGACAGACAAUCAGGGCAUUUUCAAGGCACAGAAGAUACAGGCACAGGCUUUAACCGGAUUAACAGCAACUGGGACGGAUGUUCCCAAAAGGGAGGCUGGGAUUCCGCCCCUCGACAGCCUUGCAGACGGUACGUGGAGAGCUUUGAAUUUUCCGAGUGAGACGGCGCCCCACGAGUCCACCAAACGUACAAUUCUGAGACACGAGCCAGCCUACACAGCAGUGCUUAGCGCCGAGGGAAAGCUUAGCUUCUUUCUUUAG